UGGCGCUGCUCGCGGCUUCACUCCCAUGAGAGCCUCUGCCUUAUCGCACCCACCCGCUGCCGUCCGCCGCCUCCACUCCCCGUACCUCUCCGCUGGGAGAAGCCCAGGCAUCCUCUGCUCUCAUCCUCCGAGUUCCCUCCCCGAUUGCAGGGCCUUCUUCUCCCGAUCGCUCGACGGAGCCGAUCCCGGCCUCAAGAACCAGCCCCACAAGGGGAAGAAGAAAGAGCAAGGUGCGAGAAGAGGGGAAAGAUCUGGAGGAGGAGGAGGAGGUGGAGGAGGCACGGAGGAAGUGCACUGUGAGGUCGACGUUGUCUCUUGGCGGGAGAGGCGGGUUCAGGCGUGGAUCCUCGUCAAUGCCGACGUCGAGUCGGUGUGGAGCGUCCUCACGGAUUAUGAGCGGCUCGCCGAUUUUAUCCCCAAUCUCAUCUAUAGUGAGAGGAUUCCUUGUCCACACAAGGGGCGUAUAUGGUUGGAGCAGAGAGGGUUGCAGCGUGCGCUUUAUUGGCACAUUGAAGCUCGGGUUGUCUUGGACCUCCAGGAAUUUCCAAACUCGGCUAAUGGGAGUGAGCUUCACUUCUCAAUGGUUGAUGGAGAUUUUAAUAAGUUUGAAGGGAAAUGGACUGUGAAAGCAGGCCCAAGGUCUUCAAUGACAACUUUAUCCUAUGAAGUGACGGUUGUGCCUAGAUUUAACUUUCCAACAAUUUUUCUUGAGAGAAUUAUCAGAUCUGAUCUUCCAGUAAAUCUACGAGCAAUUGCUUGGAGAGCUGAGCGAAUAUUUGAAGAAAUUCAGAAGGAAAUCAUGUCUACGAAUGGAAUGAAUACAACUUUAAGUGAUUUAUAUUCAUCAUCCUUGGGUAGGUUUGGUUCUGCAUCCAAGACUCAGAGACUGCCUAAUAGCUUAAAGAAACCUGUGAAGCCUUUAGGUUCUGUGCUUUCACCCUCGACUGAGCCAAGUGCAAAGUGGGGUGUUUAUGGAAACGCAUGCAGACUUGAUAGGCAAUGCAUGGUCGAUGAAAUUCAUCUUCGUAGAAUUGAUGGCCUGCUGGAAAAUGGAGGGGCUCAUCGAUGUGUUAUGGCUAGUGUUACCAUCAAGGCACCAGUUCAAGAAGUUUGGAGUGUCUUAACUGCAUAUGAGACGUUACCUGAGAUUGUUCCGAAUUUGGCAAUUAGCAAAAUUCUAUAUAGAGAUAAGAACAAGGUUCGCAUUCUACAGGAGGGUUGCAAAGGCCUGUUGUAUAUGGUGCUUCAUGCACGCGUGAUUUUAGAUUUAUGUGAAGAUUAUGGGCACAAAAUCAAAUUUGAGCAAGUUGAAGGAGACUUUGAUUCAUUCCGGGGGAAUUGGAUUCUGGAGCAGCUGGGUGAUCAGCAUACUUUAUUGAAGUAUAUUGUAGAAUCAAGAAUGCACAAAGAUACCUUCCUCUCAGAAGCUAUCUUGGAGGAGGUUAUUUAUGAAGAUCUACCAUCAAAUUUAUGUUCCAUCCGUGAUUUUGUUGAAAAAAAAGUAUCUGUAAAUAGUGACCAAGAGAAUCAUUCUGACGACCAUGUUGAUCCAGAUGAUAGUUCCUUGUAUGACAGUGAGGGUGCAUUGGAUCAGCCUGCCCUUAAUGGUAAUUCUUUGCAUAGUGUUCGGCAAAGACCAAAAGUCCCUGGUUUACAGGGCGAUAUUGAAAUUCUUAAGACAGAGCUUACAGCAUUUAUUUUAAAAUAUGGUCAAGCUGGGUUUAUGCCAAUGAGAAAGCAGCUUCGUAUGCACAGAAGAGUGGAUAUCGAGAAGGCGAUAACUCGCAUGGGCGGAUUUAGGAGGAUUGCAGACUUGAUGAACUUGUCCCUUGCCUAUAAACAUCGAAAACCCAGGGGUUACUGGGAUAACUUGGAAAAUCUACAAGAGGAGAUCAGUCGGUUCCAGAAAAACUGGGGGAUGGAUCCUGCUUACAUGCCCAGUAGGAGGUCUUUGGAGCGUGCAGGACGCUAUGACAUAGCUCGAGCUCUAGAAAAAUGGGGAGGGCUUCAGGAGGUUUCCCGCCUCCUGUCACUCGAACUGAGAUACCCUAGGAGAAGAUCAGUUGUCGUCGAGCAAGACGAGCAGAACAAUAUCACAGCAUCCAGGGAACUGACCACCCAAGAAAAGAGGUCAAGCAAGCCACUAAUUGCUCAAGAUACACAAAAAUGGCUCAUGAAACUAAAAGAUCUGGACAUUAACUGGGUGGAGUAGCACUACUACACUUGGUGUGUUAACUUUGCAGAUAGACAGAUCCAUUAAAAGUUUUGAUACGUGAACUCUCAAUCUCCGUUGUGUUCGUGUUGAAUACGAAUACUCGAAUAUCAUCACUCUACGCAAACUUAGAAAUAUGCCAGAGAUUAAAUCGUCACUAGUGUUGGAUGUCUAUUGGAGUUCGAGUAAUGUAUGCUCAAUGGCAGGCUUUGUCCAUAGAUAGAAUGGGUGACAAAGGCUUGUGAAUAGUCAGGAAAACUGUAACUUUUGAAUAGUAUAAUUGUACAGUAGUCUUAGAUUUGUAACAUAAACCGAUUCAGAGCCAGGUCCAACCAGAUUUUGUUCUAAAACGAUAAUGCCAAUGAUGAGGUCGCGGAGGGCGAGAGCUUCCGCAAAGAUGAGUGUGAGAAUCAUACCUACAAACAGCUUCAGAUGCGGUUGGUUGGCUCAGCAAUAGAGUUUAGUGUUUUCAGUGUUUGGCCAUAA